CCGCAAGUACAGAAUCCAUUUCCCUUUUGAAAUCGCAAGUUACAUAAAACCCGUCUUGGAAAGCGGGAAACUCAUCCAGUUUGAAUUUAAAAAAGUACAGAGAAAAAAGCAAAAAGUAAUCAGACCGAUUGUUCGAGAAAAAAAGGAGAAAACUAGAACAUCGAAAGCAAAAAUCGAAUUUAAGUUCAUCGAAAGUAAAUCAACAAUCUUCCUCUCAGAAGGUUCUGAGUUCUUCUCUCCAUAGCCAAGCCAACUUCGUGUUGGCGCGAAAAAAAGAUGGAUUAUUAUGCGAUGAAGAGGAAGCAACUUCAAUCACUCUGUAAACAACACGGAAUUCCUGCAAAUUUAAGGAACACUGAAAUGGCCCAUAAGCUUACUUUGCUUCUCAAGGAAGAUGAAAAACUCAGUGAGCCAGUCUGCAAAAAUUUAGAAGAAAAUGAAGGGGGAAUUGAUUCUGAGGUUGAGACAAAGAAGGUGAAGAAAGUAAAGUUCAGUCCAGAAAAUCAAACGUUUUACUUUGUGGGUACGGAUAAUGACUCAAACUCGGAUUGUGAUUACAAUCCAAAGAAGAAACAGGGGAGAAAGAGGAAGUCCAUGGUUGUUAAGAAGGUUCAGGUUUUUGAAAAUUCCAGAGGACUCGAACACUCUCACAAAAUUAUUGACUCCCCAGGUAGAGUUACAAGGUCCAGAGCACAAAAAAUGGAUGAAGGCAAUGCAGAAGCAGUUUUUUCACCUCUUCCUGCGAAGAAGAAAUUGACAAAUCGAGUGAAAAAGGUUGAUAGCUGUGAUAAGCCUCCUCCAGAGGUUGAGUUAAUUGAGAGAGUGGAUAGUAAUGCAGAACAUGCUAAUUUGAAUGGAGGGUUGAUUCAAAGGCAGUUGAGAAACAGGGUGGUGGUGAGUGAUGAUGGUGGAAAUUCACUGGUUUUGAGGAAGGAUCUAGUGCCAAGGGGUUCAAAGAAACCCAAACAAAAUAAAGGUAGUGAUGGGGAUCUUUUACCAACUAAGACUUAUGAAGAAAAUGUCCCUGUAGGAAAAGGUAUUAAACCUGAAAAAGUCCAGAAGCAAUGUAAAGGAAAUGUCACAAAAUCGAGGAAAACUGAUCUUGGUGGUAGUAGGAUCACACGGUCUCGGAGUCAGGUUGGAGGGAAUAGUUCUGGAGUUGAAAGUAAAACAGAUAUUCUCAAAGUUCAGGAAAAGGGACAAGAAGUUCUUCAACUUGAAGAAACCUGUAAGGGCCUAGAUAGAGAGCAUUUGAGGCGGAAGUCUGCUGUACCUCUGAAGAGGAGUCUGGAAGGUGACAACCUUGCUAAUGAAGCUGUUGUACCUGGGAAGACCCUGAGGAGGUCAAAACGAAAUUUAGCCAGGGACAGAGACUCUGCAUGUGGGACAUUGGCAGAAACCAAACUUGUUGGUAGGAGCAAAAAGUCUAAAACCAAGUUUGUGGGAAAAGCUUCAGGCCAAGAAGAAUGUGAACUUGAAGAACCAUCAAAGGACGGGCAGAAAAUUCCUGUGUUCCAGAAGGGCAAGGAACUGGCGAAAGGUGAUACUAGAAAAAGACCAAGGAAUAUAGAUUUGGAAAGAGCUUCCAAAGUUGAGUCAAGUGUAGAAAGAAUGGAAGAAAAUGUUGCUCUCCUACCCAAUGGUCCUUUGAGGAGAUCCAGACGCAAAACUACAUUGUUUUCCUCUGCUGCUCAUGAUGAUAGGGAGUUUAGAAUCUGUGAAGGUGCUGGAACUGUGAAGCAAUCAACAGCUGCUGGAACAGUGAAGCAACCAGUUCCUGACAAGGGUGCCAAUGUGUCUCAAUCUCUAAGGCGGUCUAGUCGGAAUGCUUGUGAAAAGAUACUAACAGAACCCACUGGGGACAUGUGUGGAAUUGCCAAUGGUGUUAAAAAGGAUGGUCUUGUGAAGCAAAUACAAGAGCCAACAUAUGAGAAGGAAAGUUCAUUAAUUGUGCAUGAUUCUUUAAACAAAAGCCCACAAAGACGAUCCUCGCGUAUUCUGUCCAUAAGUGGCUUGGUUGCACCUACAGGACGCACUGGUAUAGUUGCUGGAAAGAACAAAAAGAGUGAAUCUAGGAUGCCAAUUAUAAAGGAAAUGGUCUCGUUUGCUAAAAUCAAUUCACCCCUUGAAGAAAAUCUGAGUAUAGAUAUUAGAUUGAAUAUUCCAGAAGCUUCAGGAAAUGAGAACAAUACUGAUUCUUGCUGCAGCAAAGGUCUGGAAAGGUCAAGCAAGCAGAGGAAGGGAUCAAGCAAGAAGAGGGAAUCUGCUGGAAGGGGUCAGCCUGUUUAUGAUGAAGUAUCUACUGCAUAUUCUAUCAUGGAGAAGGCCAUGGACAUUUCAGGUCAUCUGAAGGACAAUCAGACCUCAGAAUCAAUGAAGUUUCAAGGUAUAUCUACAGUGCAGAAGCCACAGAAUGUGACAGAACCCCUGACUAACGAGAUGGAAAAUAGCAUCCCGGAUAACACUACUGCAUGUGAUAUGGAUUAUCAUUCUUAUCUGUCUUUGAACAAAGGUCAUACUGGCCAUGCUAUUGCAGUUGAACAAAACCCAGUAGAAUGUCCAGAUAAAUUCAGCAAUGUUGUUUCUUCCAAAUUUACCUGUCUAAGUGAUGGCCACUCACCUACCUAUCAACCAGACUGUGAAGGUGAAUGUUCCAACCUGUUGGACUUGAAAAAAGGAUUGGAGACAGAUGAGUCAUUAACUGUUAAAACGUCAGACCAAAGGAUUGAUGUGGUGGAUGAUCAGUUAGAAGGUGGUAGCAAAGUUAGUGUUCCUGAGGAUCAAAACUUAGUUCAAUUGGAUGCUAGUGGGAUUGAUCAACCAGUACUUGUAGAACAAGUUCUUGAGGAUCAUCUAACUGAACUUGGUGAAAAUAAGGAGUCAGACAGCAAUAAUGCAAAGUCCUUUGCAUUAGUAGAAGAAAUAUGUGCUUUCAGUUCUUGUGACAGAGAAGAAAUGGUUCAGGUUGAUGUAGGUUCUACUGCUGAAACUAGUGCAGAGACAGAUGGAGACAUCCAUCUGGGUAGAAUUGUUCUCAGUGAUACUGCUGUAACUCUGUCCAAAUCUUCACUAGUAAAGGAAGCUACUGAUUCUUGCUGCAGCAAAGAAGCUGUUGAAAAAUCAAGCAAUAAGUGGGAAUCUGCUGCAAUGGGUCAGCCUGUUUGUUUUGAAGUAUCUGCUGUACAUUCAAGCAUAGAGAAAACCAUGGACAUUUCAGCUCAUCUGAAGGAAAAUCAGCUAUCAAAGUAUAAUAAUUUACAAGGUAUAUUUACAGUCCAAAACGCACAGAAUGUAAUGGAACCCGUGACUAAUGUGAUGGAAAAUGUUAUGGUAGAUAGUGGAUUGAAUGUCCCAGAGAACGCUACUGUACGUGAUAUGGAAGAUAAUUACCAUCUGUCUUUGGACAGAGGUGAUACUGGUCAUAUUAUUGCAGUUGAACAAACCUCGAAAGAAUGUAUGGAUAAGCUCAGCAAUGUCAGUUUUUCCAGAUUGACCUGUCUAGGUGAUGGUCACUCACCUACCUGUCAACCAGAUUGUGAAGGUGAAUGUACCAACCAGUUGGACUUGAAAGGACUGGAGACAGAUGAGUCAUGGACUGUUAAGACGUCAUACCAAAGAAGUGAUGUGGUGGAUGACCAGUUAGAAGACGGUAGCAAAGCUAGUGUUCCUGAGUAUCAUAACUUAGUUCAAUUGGAUGCUAGAGGGAUUAAUCAACCAGUACUAGUUGAGCCAGUUGUUGAGGAUCAUCUAACUGAAUGUGAUGAGAAUAACGAGUCAGACAGAAAUACAGCGAAAUCCUCUGAAGUAGUAGAAGAAACUAGCGAAGAGACAGUUGCAGAUAUCCAUCUGGAUAGAAUUGUACCCAGUGAUACUGCUGUAACUCUGCCCAAAUCUUCACUACUAAAGCAAGAAGGAGAUCAACUUGAAAAUCAAUUCAAAUCACCAGUUGAAGGCAGAAGUAUUUGUGAAAUAGAUGAGGCCUUGUUAUAUGGAAGCAAAAACCAAAAUUUAUCCUUUGAUCAGGUUGAUUAUCCGGAAGACGACACAGUGGCAGCAAGUAAAAUUGAAAGUGCCAUCGUCGUUGAAACAGAGUCAACAUCUCUUUCUGAUUGUGCUUUGGCAAAAAUGCAACAUAGAAAUGAGAACAUUCUUAAGGAAGUUACUUCAGAGAUGAAGAGACAUCCUUCCAUUGCUUCAGAUGACAGUAUGCACAUGGAUGGCAAUGCUGAUAUGGAUGAUAAUGUUGGAACACUGGAUGGUGGUAUGAAUUCUCUAAAUGUGAGUUCAAAAACUGAGAUAAGUUCAGACAAUAUUGGUGAUUUCUUAGUCGGAGAUGAGCUGGCUGAUCUGAGUUGCUGUGAUCAUGGCAUUAUUUUGGGCAAUGCUGGUGUGAGUAAUAGCGUGGCACAAACCAUACCUGGCUUGACUGACACAGAUGGAAUAGUUGGAACUGAAAGUAUUACACAAUUCAAACUAUGUGCUGAUAACUCUUGUGCCAAACCUCAAAUGUAUUCAGGUGGUCUGCCAUUGUAUCAUGUUUUUAAUGAUUCUUCAUCUCUUGGAAAUCUAAGUGGAUUAAAUGAGAUUGAGGGUAAAAAAAACAAUGCCGAAGAAAAGGAGAUGACCUAUGAGGAUAGAGAAGGAGAUCAACGGAAAGAUCAAUUCAAAUCACCAGUUGAAGGCAGAAAUAUUCAUGAAAGAAAUCAGGCCUUGUUACAUGGAAGCAAAAAUCAGAAUUUAUCCUUCGAAGAGGUCGAUAUUUUGGAAAAGCACACAGUAGCAGCAAAUAACACUGAAAGUUCUAUGGAUGCCGUGGUGAACGAAACAGAGUCGCGGUUCCUUUCUGAUUUUUCUUUGGCAAAAAUGCGGCGUGGAAAUGAGAACAAAUCCCCAGAUCCUUCAACUAUGGUGGUGUCGGUAGACAGUGCAGUUCAAGAGAGAGCACUAAACAAUGUUAUGCAAUCUGUCCUCCUACUGGAUCAAGUGAAGUAUGGUGAUCCUGGCAUACAUAAGGAAGUAUCUUUAGAGAUGAAGAGACAUCCUUCCAUUGCUUCAGUUGAUAGUAUGCACACGGAUGGCAAUGCUGAUAUGGAUGAUAAUAUUGGAACACUGGAUGGUGGUAUAAAUUCUGUAAAUGUGAGUUCGAAAACUGAAAUUAAUUCAGAUAAUACUGGUGAUUUCUUGGUCAGAGAUGAGUUGGGUGAUCUGUGCUGCUGUGAUCAUGGGAUUAUUUUGGGCAAUGCCGGUGUGAGUAAUAGAGUGUCACAAAAUGAACCUGGCUUGGCUGACACAGAUAGAAUAGUUGAUACUGAAAGUAUUACACAAGUCAAUCUAUCAGCUGAUAACUUUUGUGCCAAACGUCAAAUGCAUUCAGGAGAUCUAAGUGGAUUAAAUGAAAGUGAGGGUAGAAACAAUGCAGAAGAAAAGGAGAUGACUUAUGAGGAUAGGGGUACAGUUUCUCUUUUAGAAGGAGAUCAACUUAAAGAUCAAUUCAAAUCACCAGUUGAAGGCGGAAUAAUUUGUGAAAGAGUUGAGGCCUUGUUACAUGGAAGCCAAAACCAGAAUUUAUCCUUUGAUGAGGUUGAUAUUCUGGAAAAGCACACAGUGGCAGCAAAUGAUAUUGGAAGUUCUAUGGAUACCCUGGUGGACGAAACACAGUCGGGGUCUCUUUCUGAUUUUGCUUUGGCAAAAAUGCAGCUUGGAAAUGAGAACAAAUCUCCAGGUCCUUCAAAUAUGGUGGUGCCGGUAGAUAGUGAAGUUCAAGAGAGAGCAUCAAAUGAAGUUAUACAAUCUGUUCUCCAACCAGAUCCAGCGAAGUGUGGUGAUCUUGAAUUACAAGGCAAUGAAUUUGGAGUGCGGGAAAGAGUCUCAGGCGUGAAGGUUGUUGAAAGUCUCAAUGUUGGCAUUAAUCGUACGAGGACCUCCCAAGAGACUGAGGAAGUAAUUGAUCUGCUUAAUCUUAACGAUAGGGAUAUCAUUUCUGGUGACUCAAAGGAAUCCCCUGGUUUUGAAAACUUGCAUCCCAUCUCUAUGGUUAAACCUGAAAUGGGUGUCAAUUGCUCUGCUGAUUCUCCAGCUACCCAUUCUAGUCAUGGUCAGUGCUUAUUGCAUCAAGGUGAAGAAGCAACUGCAGAAACUAAAGCCUUGGAGUUAAAUGCUGCCUCGCCUUUAUUUAGCAGUUAUGAGAUAAAACAACUUUUCAGCGAUGACAAAAUGGAUGGAUUUUCAAAAUCAUAUCCAGACAUGUCAAAAGUUGAUUCAGUGAUUGAAGAUAGUGAGGCUGUGAAGAAAGGGAAAGAAAGUGCUGUUGGUAUUGCACAAGUUGCUGCAGGGCAACUUACUGACCAUGAGCAUAAAUCGGAGGACGUUAUGGAUCUAAAAUCUACUCUGGAAAUGGGUAUUCAUUACCCUGUUGGUUCUCCUGUUACCAACUUUUCUAGUUGUGGGGACAUCAAAAGAGAUGAAUUUCAGAAAUUAGAUGCAGGUCUGAGUAAAGCCAAUCUGAUGAAUGAAGUUGGUGAGCAUGUGAAGGAAGGUAUAGAAAAUGAUCUGGGAAUUGCUCAAGUUGUUGCCAAGAAACACAGUGAUCAUGGGCAGAGAAUGGCAGAUGAACUUCUGAAAUCCACUCAUCCUCCUGUUUCAGAUGGGAACACCUGUGUAAAUGAAAGACCAAAGGAGAAAGGAAUCAGGCCUAUCAACCAAGUGUUUGUUGAUCAUGAGGAUAUUGAUGAGGCUGGUGAUAUUGAAUAUUCUAAUGUGUGGGCACGUACAGGGAAAUCGGUAGAUGAUUCUGAGAUGAGUGGCAGCAAUCCUGGUGCUUUUGAUGUGCCAGCAGCAAACAGUUAUCCGAAUUACUUAAUGCAAGCUCGAAGUAAUGUGAACCCUGAUGUUGAAGUUACUAAAUUUUCAGUUGAGAGUGAGAUUGUGUCAGAACAGAAUGUAACUGCAGAUCAAUGUCCCAUAUCUGCAGAUUCAGUUUUGAGAAAAGACAAUUUGGAAUCACCUAGGGUAAGGAGUUGGGAGGCAGAUUCAGACAAAAGUAUCAGUAUUUCUUUUGCGCCAAGGGAGAACAAGACAGAUAGUCUGGUCCCUAGUCCUCCAAAGAGUUUUGUCAAUACUGCUGAUAUGAAGGAAAAUUUCAGAAACACAAAGAGCGACAAAGUUUCCAACUCAGCAGUGAAAACUUUGCAACCUAGGCCGGCAUUGAAUGAUCUCCAAAAGAAGUAGACCUACUAGUGUUGGCCAUGGAAAUACGAGUUAAAGUGACCCUUCAUUUUCAGCUGAAGCAUACCUCAUGCUGAUCUUCAAGAGUCUUUUGGUAAUUUACAGUAUUGCUUGUAAAUGAACUUGUUAAUGGUACAGUUAGUUUUGUGGGGUCCAGUGUAAGUAUGGUGUUGUAUUGGAUUGCUUAUUUUAAAUAUGUGAAUGUCUAGCGACAAAAGUUUGCAAAUGCAAAUAUGUAAAGUUUGUUAAUGUGCGUAUAUUGCAAUUUUAGGGUUUA